AUGCCGCAGCGACCCCCGGACCUGCGUUUCGGCGUCUCAUGGUUCGCCGUCGCGGUCACAUUCGCUGUGUGCGUCGCCUGUUGCUGCUUCGUGGGGCAGUGGGGACUCUGGCUCCAUCGAGCACAAGGCGGGCCUGCGCUGCCGCCGGAUCCGACCGUGCAGCAAACUCAGCUCGACUGCAACUGUGCGCGAGAGCACCUCAUCAACCAGUACUUUGACCGGAAGUACGUGCUGCCAGAGGAGCUCCUCACCCUCGAUCGUCCCGCCAUCAUCUGCGUCACGCCGCACAACAUCCUUCCGUGGUCGACCAGUGGUGCCAUCUCAAAGCUGUUUGGCGGGAGGCUGACAGACUGGGGCGGCGCUCCCGUCCUGUUCAAGCUGCCGAUGCUCAGGCCGCUGUUGGCCCAGUUUGGCACCUUCCCCGCCGGCAAGAAGGGGAUCCACCAAUCGCUCGCGGACGGCAACAACGUGGGCCUGGUCCUGGACGGCAUUGCCGGCAUCGUGUUCUGCCGGGCGCGCGGCCACGGGGACGAGCAGCUGUACCUGCGCAAGCGCAAGGCCGUGUGUGCCAUUGCGCUGCAAUCGGGAGCGCCCAUCGUCCCAGCCUACUGCUUUGGCUCCAACGAGGUCGCGACGGUCCUCGCCGACCCGCUCGGGCUGCUUCGCUGGCUGUCGAUCCGCUUCGACGUCUCUCUGACGCCCUUCGUCGGCCGCUGGGGGGUUCCGAUGGGUGCCCCGCGGCGGAAGCCGCUGCUUCUCGCGUUCGGGCCCGCCAUCGAGUGCACACAGCUGCCCCUCGACUGCGACGCGGCCGCCGUGAGCGCCGCUGUCGACGCGAAGCACGCGGAACUGCUCGAGGGCUACCGCACAAUUUUCGAGACGCACAAGGAGGCGUACGGGUACACCCCUCCCUGGAAGCGAUGUGGGGGGCGCAACGCGCGCAUGAACGCGAUACCGGUGGCGGACGAGGACUCGGACGACCUUCCGCUGGUUCGGGUGCGCUGCUACGCGCGGCGGGCGCUCCACUGGCGGCUCGACGUGGCUCCGCUCUGCGCCGCGUAUGCCGCUGCGUUUGGCGCCUACGCCCUUCGGCCCGAGCUAGAGGAGGUGGCUGUCGUCGGCACGCCGUGCCUAGUGCUGGCGCACCUGCUGCUCUUCCUCGCCACGCACUGGUCUGUCCGCGUCCGGUGCGCCACCCAGCUCUACGCCUGCCCUCCGGCCAGAGCAUCGCUGGUCUGCGCCGAACCCGCCUCCGGAGCGCCGCGCCUCUGCCCGCUGGAGCGCGAGGCGGCCGCGCCGGACGCCUUCUUCUUCACCUACCACAAGCGCAAGUACCUCCUCGGUGCUGCUGGCAAGGGCGGCGGCUCGCCGUCAUGCCGCAAGCUGCGGAUGCCGUCGAGCGAGCCGCUCUCGCACUACGCCGAGUGCGCGGGGCUGCAGACGCCGGCGGCGGUCGAGGCGGCGCGGGCGCGGUGCCUCGACGACUACUGGUACUACUCGGUCUUCACGCUGCUGAUGCUGCUCCUUUUCGAGUGCACCGUCAUCAAGUCGCGCCUCCGCAACGUCGACGAGCUCUCCGAGCUAGCCACGCCCGCCUCGGCCGUGCUCGCCCGCCGCUGCGGCAAGUGGGAGCGGCUCUCGUCGACCGACUUGCUCCCGGGUGACCUCGUCGCGCUCGCGCGCACGCCGGCGAACCGCCUCCUCGGCCAGCCAGUCGACACCAUCGUGCCGGCGGACGUGCUUCUGCUCCACGGCUCGCUCGCCCUCAACGAGUCCGCGCUCACCGGCGAGUCGACGCCGCAGCUCAAGGAGCCCCUCCCCUCGCUCGGCCUCCCCCCCUCCACGCGGCUCAACCUCGCCGAGCACCGCGCCUGCGUCGCCCUCGGCGGCACCAAGCUGCUGCAGCACUCCGCCGGAACCCAGCCGCGCUCGCAGCAGCCGCCCGGCGGCGGCGCCGUCGGCGUCGUCCUGCGAACCGGCUUCCACUCGUCGCAGGGCAAGCUGAUGCGAACGAUCCUCUUCGCGACGGAGCGGGUAAACGGCUCUGACCGCGAGACGCUGCUCUUCAUCCUCUUCCUGCUCGCCUUCGCCAUCGCCGCCGCCGGCCACGAGCUCUCCCUCGCCGUGAACCACUCGCUGCUCGCGCUGCACCGGCGGGACAUCUUCUGCACCGAGCCCUUCCGCAUCCCUUUCGCGGGCAAGGUGCAGCUCUGCUGCUUCGACAAGACGGGCACGCUCACCUCGGACGACCUCGUCGUGCAGGGCGUUGCAGCCUUACACGCACGCCUGCUGACGCGUCCGCGACACGCCUGCAGCGAGCUGCUCGGCGACCCGAUGGACAAGGCGGCCGUCGGCGCGGUUGGCUGGAGCUACGCGCUCGAGGGGCUGUGCGUCAGCCGCGCGCCGAGCAGGCGCGGCUCCCUGCGCCUCCUGCAGCGCUUCGCCUUCGCGUCGAGCCUCAAGCGGUCGAGCACGGUCGUCGAGGUCGAGAGCCUCGACGGCGCGGCGCCUCCGCCGCAGCAGCGGCUCCGCGCGCUCUGCAAAGGCGCGCCGCAGCGCGCGUGCGUGCGAGCGCCGGAGACGGUGCGCGAGCUGCUCGGCCGCGUGCCAGAGGGGUACGACGCCGCCUACCUCCACCACGCGCAGCAGGGCAAGCGCGUGCUCGCGCUGGCGUACAAGAUGCUGCCGCAGCUGCAGCCGCAGGAGGCGCGCAGGCUCUGUCCCUCUUCUCUUUUACUAGCUCGAGACGACUCGGCGUGUGCCCCAUCGUUUCGUGUGCACGGCAACGACCCACCCCGGUGCGUUCACACACCCCCGGCGCGCAGUCUGUCUCGUGAGGCGGUCGAGUCGGAGCUCACCUUUGCCGGCUUCCUCGUGCUGCACUGCCCCGCAAAGUCCGAGUCGGCGGGCGUGCUCGCCGCCCUCUCCUCCUCGUCGCACGGGCUGCAGAUGAUCACCGGCGACCAGAUGCUGACGGCGGCCCACGCGGCGGCGCAGCUGCGGUUGAUCACAAAGCCGCCCCUCCUCCUCGCCGCCCUCCCUCCUACCGAGGGCGCGGCGGGCGGGGGCGCGGCGGGCGCGGCCCUUCGGUGGGAGAGCUUCGGCGGCGGCGGCAGCGGCGGCGGCGAGGAGGUCACUGAGCCGUUCGAAUCGAGCGGCGCCGCGAUGCGGAGGCUCGCGGAGCGGUACGCCCUCUGCUGCGACGGCGCCGGCUUCGAGGCCCUCCAGCGGCUCGGCCUCCUCGCCUCGGCGCUGCCGCACGAGCUGGCCCUCAGCGAGCUCAAGCGCGCGGGCAUCACGACGCUCAUGUGCGGAGACGGCACCAACGACGAGCGGCUGCAGGAGCACGAGCUGCCUCGGAUGAAGCUCGGCGACGCCUCCAUCGCCGCCGCCUUCACCGCGCGCUCUGCGUCGGUCGGCUCGUGCGUCGACAUUAUCACGCAGGGUCGCUGCACGCUCGUGACGACGCUGCAGAUGUGCAAGAUUCUCGCGCUCAACUGCCUCGUCUCCGCCUUCUCGCUCUCCGUCCUCCACCUGCAGGGCGUAGCGGCGCUCGGCGAGGAGCACGGGCCGAGCGAGCCGCCCGAGCCGGACGGCGAGUUCGAGCCCUCUUUGCCAAACUCGAUCGUGUGGCUCGUCUCGACCGGGAUGCUCAUCACCACCUUUGUGGUCAACUACAAAGGGCGGCCCUACAUGGAGAGCCUCGCCUCCAACCGCGGCCUGGCGGGCACGCUCGCCGCCUCGGCGCUGCUCAUCCUCACCCUCGCCGCCGGCGCGCUCCCCGACCUCGCCGCCUACCUCGAGCUGGUGCCGAUCGAGAGCGAGGCGCUUCGCGGCGAGCUGCAGGCGCUGCUCGCGAUCGACUUUGGCGCGUGCUGGCUGCUCGAGCGGGCAAUCUCGCGCCUUUGGUCUUACUGA